CUCCAACGAUCGUCAUUAACUGCCUGCCUAGCCGGGGAUUUGUCCAACCCCUGCCUAGUUGGUCGGCGCCCGUGGUCACGAGUCGCGAACCUGGCAAUGUUUACGAUGUUGGUGCUAUCGACAAUCGUCGUCAUAGCGGCUACCUUCGUCGUGGUGCUUAAGCGAGCGUACAGACUAUCCGCUAGCGCAUCUGAUCCCCCACUUCACCCACCACCUUGUCCCGUCGCUCGCUCAGGUGCUCGGGACCGCAUCUUAUCACUACUCGCCCACUUAGUCGUCCCAGUGAUGGCCAUCGCAUGUGGUACUUUCGUUUUGAGGAAGCUCAAUUCCAACGAACUUUUCCCUGUCCUUGACAACUUCUUACUAUUUGGUAGCCUGCGUGCACAUAUCGGUCUGGUAGCUGUCCUCGCUGUCAUUCCGACUGUACCGUUCAUUACGUUGAGAAGGCAAGUUCGAGGGGAGGUCAUAGAGGCAGACACGCCUAGUGAUGUCCGGGUCAGGCUUAAAGCCCAUGACCCGACCCGACCCAGCCCAGCCCGGCCCUGGCCCUGAUGGAGGGCUUUGGCGGGCUCAAGGCUCGGGCUCAAGAUAUGGAAAGCCCAAGCCCUGGUGUCAGGCUGGUGAGUGACUGUGGCAUCCUGAUAUUGGUUUUGUACAAGCAAAACUUACCAUGAAGGUGACAUCUACACCUCAUUUCAUGCCUGUGGAUGCCAAAAGCCUAGCAAAAUACCCGAGCCCAGCCCGACCCAAGCCUGACCCUGAGGCGGGCUUUGGCGGGCUCAGGGCUCGGGCUCACACAUUCCCAUUGCCUGACCCUCAAAAGCCCAGCCCAAGCCCGAAAAGCCCAGCCCGACCCGGCCCGGACAUCACUAGACACGUC